AUGAGAGCUGAGAACCUCACCUUUGUCACAGAGUUCAUCUUGAUGGGACUCUCCAGCCAUCGCAAGACUCAGAUUCUGCUCUCUGUGGUAUUCUUCCUCAUGUACUCAGCUACUAUUGCAGGGAACCUGCUGAUCAUAUUACUUGUGUGGGCUGACCCAUGUCUCCACACACCCAUGUACUUCUUCCUCACACAUCUUUCUGGUCUAGAGAUCUGUUUUGUCACUACUACUGUGCCUCAGAUGCUGGUUCACCUGAUGACUGGAAAUGGUGCUAUCUCCUUCACCCGCUGUGCAGCUCAGAUGUAUGCGCUCACCUGCCUGGGAUGCACUGAAUGCUUUAUUCUAACUGCCAUGGCUUAUGACCGUUGCUUGGCCAUUUGCAGCCCCUUGGUAUAUGCUGCUGUUAUGAGCAGGAAACGUCAGUGGCAGCUCAUCUCAGCUUCCUGGGCAUCUGGGUUUCUCCUUGCUUCAGUCAAUGUGACCUGCACUAUUUCUGCCCCCUUUUGUGGGAGCAACCGCAUCAACCACUUCUUCUGUGAGCAGGCAGCUGUAUUUAAAUAUACAUGCAAAGAAGCCCACUACGUAGAGCCCAUUAUUUUAUUUGUGUCUACAUUAGUCCUUGUGGGUCCCUUUUCAGUUAUCCUAACCUCCUAUGGGUGCAUUCUUUAUUCUGUGUUUCAAAUGCCAUCAAGAGUUGGACGGCGGAAGGCACUUUCCACUUGUACCUCCCACCUGGUGGUGGUCAUCCUGUUCUACAGUAUCCUCAUCUUUACGUAUAUGAGACCUGGUGCUGAUGCAGUUAUUGAUCGUGACAAGCAGACAGCUGUCCUUUACAUAGUAGUCACACCCCUGAUCAAUCCCAUCAUUUAUAGCUUGCGGAACAAAGAGAUCCACAGGGCAGUGGGCAAAGUAUUGAGAAGACCGGGCUUCUAA